CUCAACUCUUAUUAAUUAAACCAAUCCAGUAAUCAAUCAUUGUUGUUCACAAUCAAAACCCCUUAUUGUCUCUCUCUAAAUAGAAACAAAAUAUCAUAUUAAGACAUAAUACAAACCCACAACAUGGGAUCAUUUUUAGGACAUGUUUUGCCAGGUUUUGCCUUCGUAGCACUUGGCUUAUGGCACUUAUUCAACAACAUAAAACUCUUUUGUCUCCAUCCAAACACAUUCAGUUCAUCAACAUGGUUCCCAAUUUCAAAGCUCAGACACUUAGAGCUCUACUUAAUCAUGCUAUCUUCAACAGCCUCCAUAUCCAUGGAGCUCUUCAUUGGACCUAGAAGACACCAUCCCUUUGACGUCGAUGGUACCAUCCCAUCGAACCACCUCCACAACUUCGAACAUUCUUCCAUCUCCAUGUCCUUCUUAGUCUAUGCCGUUUUGGCAUUAGUCCUGGAUCGAGCACGGCCUAGAGCCGCCGCUUCUGAGGGGCUAACCAUGCUAGCUGCAGCCGCUGCCUUCAGUCAACAGCUACUUCUCUUUCAUUUUCACUCUACCGACCACAUGGGCGUUGAGGGACAAUAUCAUGUGAUUCUACAAGUCGUUAUCUUCGUCUCUCUCCUUACCACAAUCAUGGGUAUUUUCUUGCCCAAGAGUUUUCUGGUGAGCCUUGUGAGAUCUUCAAGCAUAGCCUUUCAAGGCGUGUGGCUCAUUGUGAUUGGUUGCAUGCUUUACACACCGAGUUUGAUCCCCAAGGGAUGUUAUAUUCACGAUGAAGGAAGACACAUAAUAGUUAAGUGUUCCACCGAAGAAGCUCUUCACAGAGCUAAGUCGUUGGUCAACCUCGAAUUCAGUUGGCUAUUUGUUACAAACACACUAUUUGUUGUCACACUAUAUUUGAUUCUCGAUCGUGUUUACGGUGAAAACGUAGAGUACUCUAGUCUAACCACCAAUAAUCAAACAUACCAAGAUGAUGAAGAACAACACUUCGAAUCGAAGUCGACUCAGAAAACAAGUUUUGUCCAAAUGGGUAAACUCGUUGGACAUGGGCAGAAAAUGUGAGAAAAGUGGUGAUGGUUAAUGUUAUUUGUUAUGUGUGUCAGUGUGUGAUAAACAAAAUAUGGGUUGAUUCUACUAAAGCCAUGGACCUUCGUAAUUACUGUGUAAUCUUACCAACUCAACUUGGUUAUUACUGGUUCAUAUAAUUGCUUAAUUUUAAUUUUUUUGUAAUUGUUGCCUUGUUGGAUGUAAAAUAGUUUCGGGUUCCAAUUUUAACAUAGAAGUAAAC